AUGCCUAAGAAUCUUGUAUCUGUGUCCAAUCAUGAAGAGCAAUUCAAGGUACCUGAAGCUACAUCACCAAAGACACCCCUCGAGAGUCAUGAUCACAUUCAGUCACCAAGAGUGAUAUCUCCUUAUGCACCAUCAAGUGGCAUAAGUAGCAGCAUGAGGAAUUCUCAAGCUUUUGAUCACACUCCACUAAAAUGGAGAAACUUGGAUGAUGUUCUAGCACAAUGCAAUCUCUGCAUCAUGGAACCUGAGAAAUUUGAUGAAGCUGCUAAAGAUGAAUCAUGGGUGAAAGCCAUGGAAGAUUAA